AUGGGCAACUUUAUCAGUUGGCUCAACGAGAAUCUGGCUCCCGACUCCAAUCAGGGAUCGGCCCGGGAAUCUCAGCCAGAAUCAGCAUGGGGCAUGCUUGAUACUCUCGUCCCUGUACUGAUAGUAUCAUGCAUAUACAUUGCCAUCUUCUUAUUCCUAAGAAGAUCUCAGCGGCGUUACUAUGCGCCGCGUACGUAUUUAGGGUCUUUACGCGAAGAUGAACGAACACCAAGUAUACCCAGCAAUCUACUGACUUGGGUUUCGGCCUUUUGGAAGAUCCCCGAUGCCUACGUUCUCACUCACCAGAGCCUCGACGCCUAUCUCUUCCUUCGAUAUCUGCGCAUUUGCUUCGUCAUCUGUUUCGUCAGCCUUCUCAUUACAUGGCCUAUUCUGUUCCCCGUCAACGCCACCGGAGGCAAAGGCCUGACCCAGCUCGAAAUUCUGUCGUACAGCAAUGUUGACAUCGAGCAGCAUAAGAACUACCUCUACGCCCACACGUUUGUCGGCUGGGUUGUUUACGGCUUUCUCAUGUACAUGAUUACACGCGAGUGCAUCUUCUACAUUAAUCUGCGCCAGGCUCAUCACAUCAACCCCCACAACGCCAAACGAAUUUCUGCCCGCACCGUGCUGUUUACCUCGGUUCCGGAUGAAUACAAUAGCGAAGAGCGCAUUCGUAGCAUGUUCGACAAUGUCAAGAGGGUCUGGGUCUGCGGCAAGACGGAUGAGCUCGACGAGCUGGUGGAGAAGCGAGACGAGGCCGCCAUGAAGCUUGAAAAGGGCGAAAUCGGCCUCCUGACAGCGGUCAACAAGGCUCGCAUCAAGGCCACGAAGAAGGGAGAAACCCAGCCCGAGGGCCCUGCGUCCGAAGACGGCGAUGUCGAGACGGGCAAUAUUGCUUCUCGCUGGAUUCAAGACAAGGAUCGCCCGCAACACCGACUUGGCUUCCUUGGUCUGGUUGGCGAAAAGGUCGACACCAUCGAAUGGAGCCGCUCCGAGCUGCAGCGCCUGGUCCCCGAGGUCGAAAAGGCUCAGGCUGACUGGAGAGCGGGCAACUAUGAGAAAGUCCGCGCCGUUUUUGUCGAAUUCGAAACCCAAGGCGACGCCCAAUACGCAUUCCAAUCCGUUACUCACCACCAAGCCCUGCACAUGGAACCCAAAGCCAUUGGCAUCCAGCCCGCUGAGAUUGUUUGGAAGAGCUUGACCCUCCCCUGGUGGCAGGUUAUCAUCCGCCACUAUGCAGUCUACGGCUUUAUUGCCGCUCUCAUCAUCUUCUGGGCCAUUCCCGUCGGUAUUGUUGGCUUGAUUGCCCAGGUGAACACGUUGAAGAACAUUCCUGGUUUGACUUGGAUUGGUGAUAUUCCCAAGCCCAUCCUCGGAGUUAUUUCAGGCUUGCUCCCAGCAGUGGCUCUGUCCAUCCUCAUGUCGUUGGUCCCUGUCAUCAUGCGUCUCUGUGCCAGACUCGCUGGUGAAGUUUCUCAGUCUCGUGUCGAGCUGUUCACCCAGAACUCGUACUUUUUCUUCCAGCUCAUCCAGGUGUUUUUGAUCCAAACCUUGACCAACGCAGCUUCGACGGCCCUUGUUCAGAUCGCCCAACAGCCGCAACAAGUCUUUAACAUUCUCUCUUCAUCUCUGCCUACGGCAUCUAAUUUCUACAUUUCCUACUUUAUCGUUCAGGGUCUCACCAUCGCGACCAGUGUCGUUACUCAAGUUGUCGGCUUCUUCGUCUUUACACUGCUGUACAAGUUUUUAGCCAAGACACCCCGAGCCAUGUACAAGAAGUGGACCAGCCUCAGCGCCAUUUCUUGGGGCAGCGUUCUCCCAGUAUAUACCAACAUUGCUGUCAUUAGCAUCACCUAUUCGAUUAUUGCUCCUUUGAUCCUGUUUUGGUCAACCAUUGGUAUGGGAUUGUUCUAUCUCGCCUACCGAUACAAUAUCCUGUUUGUUACGGAGACGCAAAUCGACACUCAUGGAUUGAUCUACCCCCGUGCUUUGAAGCAGCUGUUUGCCGGAAUUUACCUGGCCGAGAUUUGCAUGGUCGGUCUUUUUGCCGUUUCUAAGGCUGCUGGACCUGCCGUCCUGAUGGCUAUUUUCCUGGGUUUCACCAUCCUGUAUCACCUGACGCUGUCGAGAACGCUCGAUCCGCUCCUCUACGGCCUGCCACGAAGUCUGCAAGCCGAAGAAGAGCUUAUCCAGCUGCGUGCUGCUGCCAAUGGAACUGGCACUAGCAUUGAGGAAGGCUUGGCCUCCAACAACAUUUCUCACGAUGACACUGCCGCCAAGGCACCUGCCCCUAAACCACCCCUGGAUGCAUCUGGCAAGAAGGGCAACUUUAUUCUCAAGUUCCUCCAGCCAUGGAUAUACGCGGAUUAUGCUACACUGCGCGAGCUGUUUAUCAAGGAAGAGCACCUAGCGGAGCCCAUCCACUACACUGAUGACGUCGCCGAUGAAGCAUACUUGCCGCCAUCUGUCUCGAGCAAGACUCCAAUCCUUUGGAUCCCCUCAGACCCUGCGGGCUUGUCCAAGCAGGAGGUUGCUGAGUCAAGCAAGGUGAUUCCCAUCACGGAUGAAGGCGCAGUGCUCGAUGAGAAGAACCACAUUACGUGGGAUUCGGAAGGGGCUCGACCACCCAUCUGGGAAGAAAAGAUUCACUAUUAGGCGGCUUAUUACUUGAUACCCCUUCCAUUUUUUUUUUUUUUCGUUUAGCCUGCAGUGCGUCUGGCCUGUUUUUUUUUAUUGAAUUUUGGCGGUUUUGUUAAGACGAAAAGAGGAAAUAAUAUCUUAUUUAUGGUCGUAUGGAUAGGACUGAGCAUGAUAUCAUCUGGGGAGUACACGAACGAGGCUGACGGAGCAUUGGAUUAGAUGAAGACAGCUAGUUGAUGUUGUAUCCGGCCAGGACACGCAGGCUAUGUGCAUUUUUUGCUUGAUACACCCGUAAUGUUGAAUAUAAACAGUAUAAUUGUG